ACACUAUAAAAACCUCUCACCAUGAUGGCCUAAACAUGCACCGCACAGACUAAGCUUUGAAACUCUGAUCGGAGCCCAAUUCCUCUCAACUCUUAAAGCCACCGUUUUUCCAAAUUAUUCAGAAAAAAAAAAAAAACACAGAGAGUUUUCUCAACUCAAUUUCCCGCUACGCUUCAUUCGUGUGUCUUCCUUCAGGGUUUAUCGGGCUUCUGUAAUUGAAGGAAUCAUCUUUAUUGUGCAUGUGGAGUUGUCGGGUUUUGGGUGUCAAUAUUUAUUGUCGGGUCCUUCCUCCUUGUUGGUAUCACCCUGAUGUAUACUUCUAAGGAAGGAAAUAAACAAGAGUAAUUAGUGACAUUUGCAGAAACAUACUGGCUAGCAUGGAAUUUAAUAAAGAUGGUGCCUUAAGGGCUAAAAAACUUGCUGAGAAGAUGCUUUUACAGAGGGAAUUUGGAGGGGCAAGAAUACUCGCAAAGAAGGCUCUAGAAUUAUAUCCCAAUCUUGAUGGUCUUCCUCAAUUUCUAGCAACUAUUGAGGUGUAUAUCUCUUCCGAAGAUAGAGUUAAUGGAGAACUUGAUUGGUACAGGAUCCUUGGUGUGCAACCUUUGGCCGAUGAAGAAACUAUUCGAAGACAAUACAGGAAACUGGCUCUUACUCUGCAUCCUGAUAAAAAUAGAUCCGUAGGUGCAGAUGGGGCAUUUAGCCUUAUCUCACAGGCUUGGAGUUUAUUAUCUGAUAAAGCCAAGAGAAUCACCUAUGACCAAAAGUGCAAUUUAUGGCGUAAUGGAAAUCCUGGUGGGAAACCUUCUAUGCCAGCCAGUCAGAAUGGUUCGCAUAGUAACAUCUUUAAUCCUGUGUUGUUGAAACCCACAUUUUGGACCUUUUGCAGUUUCUGCAAGACAAAUUUUGAGUACCAUAAUGUUUAUGUUAACAGCAAUCUUGUCUGUACCUGCUGUCAUAAGCCAUUUUUGGCUUCCGAGACAUUGCCUCCACCUGGAUACAGAAAUGUUUCAUCCACUCAGAUGAAGCAACAUAACUUCAACUCAAUGAGAAUGGAAAGAAAUUAUCAUUUUUCAGGAAGGACGCCUAUGUCUGCUGUCAAUUCAUCACUUGGGUCAGGUCCUUUCUCUAUGCCUGAUGGUAUUUCCCGUGUUCCAGCAUCAGCUUCUAGUGCUGCAGAAGCUCCUGGUGUUUUUAGGAUGUCAUCUGAGAAUUUGAAGAGAAGGCAUGAAGAUUCAGCAACUUUCUUGAGGGAGGAUGCCCAUUUUGGGAAUGCUCAUGCUGUUGAUAGAACUGGUGCUGGUUCAGCUUUUCAGUCCUCUCGUUUUGGUUCAAAUUCUAUUAUGAAAGGAGAUAGGCCAAGGAAAAACAGGCCCACUGAUGAACAUAAAGUUGGUAGUGAUAGAAGAGAUAUGGAAAACAAAACAGCAUCUCAAAAUGAAGGAAUAAACUUGGCAAAUGAAUUUGGAUCAGGAAGGGUUAAUGCUGCAGGAAAUCACAAACGCACUGGUGUUAGGGACAGAUCACAGCAUCAAAUAAAGAACAUAUUGGUGGAAAAGGCUCGGAAGGAGAUUGUUAAAAAGCUUGAUGAAUGGAAAGCUUCUUCUGCAUCAAAUAAUUUAGACAAGUCAAAGAAUACUGACACAGAAAUCAGAGAGAAGGGCAAAGAAAGGGAAGGAAAUGUUGUAAAACCUGGUGCACAAGUUGUUGAUUCUGAGACCGUCAACAAGAAGUGUUUCUCUGCUGAUCUAGAGCCAGAGCUGCCUGGUUCUCUCUCAAUGAAUGUUCCAGACCCAGAUUUCCAUGAUUUUGAUGGAGACCGUACUGAAAAUGCUUUUGGUGAGAACCAGGUAUGGGCUGCAUAUGAUAAUGAUGAUGGCAUGCCGCGUUACUAUUGCUUAAUCCAUGAUGUAAUCUCAAAGAAUCCUUUGAAUAUGAGGAUUAGCUGGUUGAAUGCCAAAAGCAAUGAUGAAUUGGCCCCAAUAGAGUGGGUCAGUUCUGGCUUUCCCAAGACCAGCGGAGAUUUCAGAAUAGGAAAGCGUGUAUCCUAUAGCACUCUUAAUUCCUUCUCCCACAGGGUUAAGUGGACAAAAGGUUCAAGAGGGGUUGUCCAUAUAUAUCCGAAGAAAGGUGACGUAUGGGCUUUGUAUCGGAACUGGUCCCUUGACUGGAAUAAAUUUACUGAAGAUGAAAUCAUACAGAAAUAUGACAUGGUGGAGGUGCUUGAAGACUACUGUGAAGAGAAAGGUGUGAAUAUUGCCCCACUUGUUAAGGUUUCAGGUUUCAAGACAGUAUUCCGCCAGAAUGCCGAUCUAAGAAAGGUCAAGAAUAUUUCAAAGGCGGAGAUGUUUCGUUUCUCCCACCAGGUACCUUCACACUGGCUUACUGGUGUAGAGGGUCACAAUGCUCCGAAAGGUUGCUUGGAGCUUGAUCCUGCUGCUACUCCGAUGGAACUUCUUCAGGUGUUAGCCGAGGAUCUGGAGCAAGUAAUUCUAAUGACAACUGAAAAAUCUGUGGAAGAUGAAUUGAAGCACAAAGAGAAUUCCAGGGAGGAGGGUUUGAUCAAGAUGUGCCAGACAACUAAGGACGAAGGUUCUGAUGAAGGGUUGGGAGAGAAGAAAAGGAAGUCUGAGAGCUGCCUGACAACUAAAAAAGAAGGUUCUGAUGAAGGGUUGGGAGAGAAGGAAAGGAAGUCUGAGAGCUGCCUGACAACUAAGGAAGAACGUUCUGAUGAAGAAUUGGGAGAGAAGGAAAGGAAACCCAAGAUCUUGUUUGUAUAUAAGCGGAGACGUCUAGGGGAAAAGAGAGCCGUGAAGUGUUAAGUAAUGUUAAUUGUUAAUGACUGGAAGAGAUUCUGUGUUCCAUUUAGCCAGAGAUAGCAGAUUUAAUUAGUCAACAAAACUAUAGUUUACAGUGGCCAAUUCAAACAUAAAUUAGAACAGUUUUUUGUUGUUUUUGCUGUAUGUUGGCGGGGUUACAGUUUUGCAUUUAGUAUUACCUUUGCCCUCAGGACUUUAUUUCAGUUGUAUCUAUGCAACUCUCUGAAAUGCCAAUGUGCAGCUAGUUAUUAGUUUCUGCAAGUCAAUAAACUUCAUUAUAAUUCAGUUCA